AUGCUGAGGGUUCUCUCCUGCAGGACAGCCACAGUGUGGAAGACCCUGUGCCCCUUCUGGGGUGAGGAGUACCAAGUGCACCUGCCGCCCACCUUCCACACUGUGGCUUUCUACGUCGUGGAUGAGGAUGCCCUCAGGGGGGCCCUGAACUUGGUGGGAGGUCCCAGAGGGCAGAUACUGAAGCCCUGCCCAGCUCUGCCUCCAUCUCCCUCCUCUAGCCGGGACGACGUUAUCGGAAAGGUCUGCCUUACGAGGGACACCAUAGCCUCUCACCCUAAGGGUUUCAGCGGGUGGGCCCACCUGACGGAGGUCGACCCCGAUGAGGAGGUGCAGGGCGAGAUCCACCUGCAGCUGGAAGUGCGGCCAGGGGCCCGGGCCUGCCGGCUAUGCUGCUCUGUGCUGGAGGCCAGGGAUCUGGCCCCAAAGGACCGCAAUGGCGCAUCUGACCCCUUCGUCCGAGUGCGCUACAAGGGCCGGACACAGGAGACCUCGGUGAGGAGACCAGAGGGCAGGGAAGGGGCAGGGGGCUCGGGGGACGUGCCAGCCACGCCCCCGUUGCUCACCUCACCACCUGCUCACCGUCCCCUGAUCGUGAAGAAGUCAUGCUACCCACGCUGGAAUGAGACGUUUGAAUUUGAGCUGCAGGAGGGGGCCAUGGAGGCGCUGUGCGUGGAGGCCUGGGACUGGGACCUUGUCAGCCGAAACGACUUCCUGGGCAAAGUGGUGAUCGAUGUCCAGAGACUGCAGGUGGCGCAGCAGGAGGAGGGCUGGUUCCGGCUGCAGCCCGACCAGUCCAAGAGCCGGCGGCAUGACGAACCUCAGACCAGGGUUCAAGUCUCCAAGGGUGAUGAAUUAGAAGACAAUGGAAAGAAUUUCUACAAAUCUGAUGAUGAUCAGAAGGAAAAGACUGACAAAAGGAAGAAGCCGUAUACUAUGGAUCCAGAUCAUAGACUCUUAAUUAGAAAUACAAAGCCUUUGCUUCAGAGCAGGAAUGCUGCGGUGGUUAUGGCAGUUGCUCAGCUGUAUUGGCACAUAUCACCAAAAUCUGAAGCUGGCAUAAUUUCUAAAUCACUAGUGCGUUUACUUCAUAGCAAUAGGGAGGUGCAGUAUAUUGUCCUACAAAAUAUAGCAACUAUGUCAAUUCAAAGAAAGGGGAUGUUUGAACCUUAUCUGAAGAGUUUCUAUGUUAGGUCAACUGAUCCAACUAUGAUCAAGACACUGAAGCUUGAAAUUUUGACGAACUUGGCAAAUGAAGCCAACAUAUCAAUUCUUCUUUGAGAAUUUCAGACCUAUGUGAAAAGCCAGGAUAAACAAUUUGCAGCAGCCACUAUUCAGACUAUAGGCAGAUGUGCAACCAACAUCUUGGAAGUCACUGACACGUGCCUCAAUGGCUUGGUCUGUCUGCUGUCCAACAGGGAUGAAAUAGUUGUUGCUGAAAGUGUGGUUGUUAUAAAGAAAUUACUGCAAAUGCAACCUGCACAACAUGGUGAAAUUAUUAAACAUAUGGCCAAACUCCUGGACAGUAUCACUGUUCCUGUUGCUAGAGCAAGUAUUCUUUGGCUAAUUGGAGAAAACUGUGAACGAGUUCCUAAAAUUGCCCCUGAUGUUUUGAGGAAGAUGGCUAAAAGCUUCACUAGUGAAGAUGAUCUGGUAAAACUGCAGAUAUUAAAUCUGGGAGCAAAAUUGUAUUUAACCAACUCCAAACAGACAAAAUUGCUUACCCAGUACAUAUUAAAUCUCGGCAAGUAUGAUCAAAACUACGACAUCAGAGACCAUACAAGAUUUAUUAGGCAGCUUAUUGUUCCGAAUGAAAAGAGUGGAGCUUUAAGUAAAUAUGCCAAAAAAAUAUUCCUAGCACAAAAGCCUGCACCACUGCUUGAGUCUCCUUUUAAAGAUAGAGAUCAUUUCCAGCUUGGCACCUUAUCUCAUGCUCUCAACAUUAAAGCUACUGGGUACCUGGAAUUAUCUAAUUGGCCAGAGGUGGCGCCCGACCCAUCAGUUCGAAAUGUAGAAGUAAUAGAGUUGGCAAAAGAAUGGACCCCAGCAGGAAAAGCAAAGCAAGAGAAUUCUGCUAAGAAGUUUUAUUCUGAAUCUGAGGAAGAGGAGGACUCUUCUGAUAGUAGCAGUGACAGUGAGAGUGAAUCUGGAAGUGAAAGUGGAGAACAAGGCGAAAGUGGGGAGGAAGGAGACAGCAAUGAGGACAGCAGUGAGGACUCCUCCAGUGAGCAGGACAGUGAGAGUGGAAGGGAGUCAGGCCUAGAAAACAAAAGAACAGCCAAGAGGAACUCAAAAGCCAAAGGAAAAAGUGAUUCUGAAGAUGGGGAGAAGGAAAAUGAAAAAUCUAAAACUUCAGAUUCUUCAAAUGAUGAAUCUAGUUCAAUAGAAGACAGUUCUUCCGAUUCUGAAUCAGAGUCAGAACCUGAAAGUGAAUCUGAAUCCAGAAGAGUCACUAAGGAGAAAGAAAAGAAAACAAAGCAAGAUAGAACUCCUCUUACCAAAGAUGUUUCACUUCUAGAUCUGGAUGAUUUUAACCCAGUAUCCACUCCAGUUGCACUUCCCACACCAGCUCUUUCUCCAAGUUUGAUGGCUGAUCUUGAAGGUUUAAACUUGUCAACUUCCUCUUCAGUCAUCAGUAUGACAAGCAAUAGUAGCCAGAAUCCUGGAGUGAAUAGACAUGGAGAAGAGCUGCCUUUUCUUCUCAACUGACAAGUCAUGUAGAGAGCUUGGACAAAAAGUUGAAACAAGUUCAUAUCCUAAGCAUGAUGAAUAAGCCAUGGCAGCUUACACAGACUUGAAGGCCAACCACCUAUGGUCUAGCACAAAGGAGUUCAGCCUUUUUUGAAGUGGGUGGUUUGACCUCUUUUUAUUGUGGAAGCAAAGCAAAUGGCCCCAAACCAUCUGGUAAGUGAAGCUGGAAUACCUGCUAUGGUAGGCACUAUAGGGCUGUUUAUAUAUAAUCCAGACCUCCUCCUCCAGGCAAAUAAGGGAUUGUACUUCUCUUCCUUCUUUGAAAUUAGGCAUGGUCAUGAGGUCUGCUCUGGCCAGUGAAAACAUGAGUAGGAGUGAUGCAUGUCUCACCCAGGUGGAAGCCACAAGAGCCAAUGUGUGAUGCGCCAUGCAACCUUCCACUUAGCACACAAUUGCGGCAGUAUGGAUUGAGCUGAAGCAUCUAUGAGAUGGCGGUCCCUUGGAUUGCUAUAAUGAACAGAGUCCUAUUGCUGACCUGUUUUGUUCACAUAGACUGAGUAGAAAAUCUAUUUAUUGUGUUAGAUCAUUGAGCUUUUGGAAUUGUUACCACAGCAAAACGUAGCCUGCCCUGACAGAUACACAAGCCACCCUCUAUUUGGGAAAAGUCAAGUUAGGUCACUUAAUAAAUUUUCCAUUUAUCUUUGAAGCUCAACAUAUAUCAUAAAGUUGCACAGAAACAUAUUUGGCCCUGAGGAAACCAUAUAGUUGGUGACCUGAGUAACUGGGGGUGAAUAGGGGGUAAUUUUCCACUUAACUAAUUUCAUUUCAAAACAACACAACUCCUAAUGCCUUAACCAUAGCUUAGCAACCCAGCAACUUUUACAAAUUACUGGUAAAAGACUUCUUUAGGAAAUGAUUUCUGAAUAUCCCUAUGUCUCUUACACAGAGGAAGUUUACUUAACAAAAUUUAUACAACAAUUGUAAGUAGAGAUUUAAAUUACAUUUCUUUUCACAUAGAAAAAAAAUUAGCUUCUUCUGUGGUUAUCAAGACUGAGAAGCAGGGAUUAUAGAUAAGAAUGUUAUAUAACCAGAAUGAUGUUUUGAUUUAGAAAAGAAAGAGAACACAUUUUCCAGUGUCUGGCACAAUUCAGUCCAUUCAUUGAGACCAUGAAACACAGUUCAAUCCUUCGACCUCAGUUUCUUCUUUAUGAAAGGGACAAUGGUGCUCACUAUAAGAGGGCUAUAACGGUUCAUUGCCAUUAUUAUUGUUGUUGGCUGAGAUACAGGUGUAAGAAAAUAUAUCAGUCAAAGCUUUAAAAUAUGGGACUUGAAUGCUUUGUGAUUUAGAUAUUUUUCUUCCUAUCUUUGUGUCAAACACUAUCCACUGAAGUUUUGAAUGUUUAACUUAUGUGGUUGUUAAAAUAUUGAAGUCCAGCACAAGCAACUCUAUUAUAAUGCAAAUCCAGUUUCUAUUAUCAUCUAAUAAAAUCGUGUGUUAGAGGGA